GCGUUGCAGAAGAUGCAACAUGUUUCUACUUUUUGUCCUAUUGAUCUUAAAAGUCGCGAUUAAUGCAUCAGGCAUUAAUGAAACCAUAGGCCCAUCGGGUAUCGAUGGGCCCAUGAAUGCAUCGGACAUACAUGAGCCCCUUAACGCAUCGGACAUCUAUGAGCUAGACGUCGACGAUGUUGCAACCUCAUCGGCCAUCAAUGAGCUCUGCUCCUAUAUGCGUAAAAUCAGCGCUAGAAUUCAACAUGCGAAGAAUUUCUGUAAAGCAUCGGAUGCUUGUGACGGGCUGAGCAACUUUUUCUUGCAUAUCCUAGGACAAUUGUCUCGGAAAGCACGUGAAUAUAGAUGUGGCUGAAUGUACAAAUCGAAAUCCAAAGCAGGUCAUCAUAUGUGAUCUUAACUCACGUAUCGUCGAGUCAUUCGUAACUUAAUAUGCUCAUUGCACACCACGUGCGCUAACUGACGAACUGCAAAAUUAGAGCUUGCUCAUUUUCAGUGAUUUCUUCUUAUGCCUUGGUCUUUUUCGUUUUUGUUGAACACAUGUUAAAGGCA